GAUUGGUCCAAGGACUUCGAGUGGAGUGGGGAGACGAGGAGCGUGCUGAGAGACGUCUUCAGGCUGUCUUCCUUCCGGCCUCUGCAAGAAGAAAUCAUCAAUGCAACGCUCUCUAACAAGGAUACCCUCGUGCUCCUGCCUACAGGGGGAGGGAAGUCGCUGGUUUACAUGCUCCCAGCAGUGAUGAGGAAGGGCCUGACACUGGUUGUCUCUCCUCUGAUCUCUCUCAUGCAUGACCAGGUCAGCCAACUACGUCAACUGGGAAUCCGUGCUGCUCUCUUGUGCUCGGCAUCGGACAAGAUGGAGACGAAGCAGAUCCAUGACGAGAUUGCGUGCGAGGGCUCAUCCCUGAAGCUCUUGUACGUCACCCCUGAGAGGGUAGCCAAGAGCAAGACGCUCCUGUCCAAGCUGGAGAAGUGCUGGAAGAUGUCGCUGCUGCAGCGGGUGGUGAUCGACGAGGCGCACUGCAUCUCCCAGUGGGGUCAUGACUUCCGCGGCGACUACACCAAGCUCGGCAUCUUCAAACUUCAGUACCCCGACGUUCCGGUCAUGGCACUGACGGCGACGGCUACCUCCAAAGUGCAGGAGGACAUCAAGGAUUCGCUCCAGAUCUCCUUCUGCGAGACUUUCCGGGCUUCUGUUGAUCGUGCCAACCUGCAGUUCGAGGUGAAGGAGAAGGCAAGCAACCAGGCUGCCUCCAUGCAGCAGGUGGCGGAAGAGAUCCUUAGCAGGUUCACCAACAUGCCCGGCAUUGUCUACUGUUUCUCCAAGAAGGAGGCCGAGCAGUUGGCACAAUACUUGCAGGAGCAAGGCAUUCGAGCCAGGUUUUACCAUGCAGAUCUAGGUGUACAGAUGCGAUCUUUGUACGUGUAUGAAGAUUGGAGUAGCGGGAGGAUCCAGGUAGUGGUUGCAACAAUAGCCUUCGGAAUGGGCAUCAACAAGCUCGACACAAGAUUCGUGAUCCACCAUACAAUGUCGAAGAGUCUCUCUGCCUACUACCAAGAGGCGGGCAGAGCUGGGAGGGACGGAAAGCCUGCCACCUGUCUUGUGCUGUACCGACCAAGUGAGAAGCAGAGGAGG